ACAUCGCUGCCUCCGCAUCGCCACGCUUCUAGACUCUAGCAGCAACGAACUCUUCUUCAUCAAGGAACUCAUCUCUAGCAGCCUUCACGAGAAGACCUGAUCUUGUACAAAGCUUCGGUUGUCGUCAGGUGAUCACACUGCGUUCCUUCAUCAGCAUCUACGAGCUUACUGUCUUUGAGCUCAGACCUCUUGAAGUGACGGAAAGAAGCUCGUCGAGACAGUCCUCUCAGUACAUGGUCCGGCCAUAAUAUAGUCCCUUUACUCAGUAUGGAUAUAAACCUCCUCCUCGAACCCCGUGGUUCCGAGUCGCCGGCGAGCAAGAAGAGCUCUGCUUCAGUAGCUUCCAACUCGACCGCGGCGAGAACGUACACAACAGCCCCUUCAGCUUACACCACAUCUCCCGCACAUGGAGCAUCGCCCGCAUAUGUCAAUGGGUCACCUUCAUAUGCGACAUUGUCGCCUUACGGGCUGAACCCCGGCUACCCAGCCCAGGCACCAACAUCAGCACCUUCAGUUUCUGGUGCAAUGCUGGGCGGGCCUGUUCUCCCAGCUAUUUCCGAGCUCCAGCGACACACGGAUCCUUCGUCUCAUCCUCAGUUUCGCCCGCUGUACACUGGACCUCCUGGCUCCGGCCCUGUCCACCAUGGCCCACCCGGCUCGAAUCGAUCACCUCCCCACCAGGUUAUCAAGCGACAAGCUUCUCAAACCCCCCUCCCAGAUGAAAGCCCAGCUAAGAAGCAGUCAAAAUGGACGCCUGAAGAAGACAACCUUACCAUCGAACUGCGAGGCCAAGGCAUGAAGUGGGAUGACAUUGCGAAACGCCUUCCUGGAAGGAGCUCGAUCUCCUGCCGACUACGCUACCAGAACUACUUGGAGAAGCGAGCCAUCUGGGACGAGGAGAAAAAGAACAAACUUGCGAGACUCUACGCUCGCUUCAAGGACCAGAUGUGGCAGAAGGUGGCCACCGAGAUGGGCAUCCCCUGGCGAUCGGCCGAGUCCAUGCACUGGCAGUUGGGCGAGCAAGAGAUGAGUGCGCGUGCUAACGCUCCGGUUUUCCAACUUCACCCGUCUGCGACAUCGAGUAGCUCCCCUUCGCAAAAUGCCGCUGUACCCGCGCCAGCACCCGCGCCUACCUCGCAUGGCUUCACUCCCGCAAACGCUGCCCAACUCAUGCCUAAUCCUCCGCCGGUACCUGUGCAGCAAUACCAGGCAACCCCACCGCCGCAACAACAAGGUCCGAUUCACUCCUUCCACCAACGUACUGAUAGCGGAUCGAGCCAAGGCCGACGUAGGAACGACUCAUUCAGCCGCCGACGCGCAAACACGCUUUCGAGAUCUAGUGUCCCGCCACAGCUCAGUCAGCCCCUGCCACAAAUACAUCCUGCUUCCGCGGAAGACCUAGUGAGCGGAGCAAGAACAGCACCCGCACCGAUCAUGCAAUCAGACAUCAAGCGAGAGGGCUUCAGCUACAUCGAACCGUAUCAAAAGAGGUGGGAAGGUGGUGCUACAGGCCCAACUCCGGGAGACUUGGAAACACGCAGUCAGGGAGGCAGAAGUCCGGAUAGACAGUCACAACGUAGUGCUACAGGGAGCAUCAAAGGCUUCAAACGAGAAUCUGGAGAGUUCGAGCGUCCGGUCACGACUGCAAUACCUUCGCCACCUGUCCCUGUAGCUCCUUGAGCCUGCAGUCACUCGAGCAGCAUCUGCAGGAGCGGUUCCUCUACCACACUCUGCAACAAUGGAUACCUCACGAUAGAAUUUUACGUAUACGCGCGCGGGCUGGCACCGACAAGAGUUUGGAUUUUAGUACGCUUGCAAGUUGUCUACACACAGUUCUGACGUUUCAGAACAUCACAGUACAGACACCGAAACGAAAACAAGAUUAUGG